AUGGAUGCCACAAAGGACAAUUACUCCUUAAAGCAAAAUGUGCAACUCCUACAAUACCAGACUGAGAAGUUUAGACAGUUGUGGACAAAGGGGAGUGAGUGUUUUGAAGAGCUUAAGCAUUACUAUUUCCAACUCAAUGCAGAGUGGCAAACCCAGUGGGUGAAUAGAGAAGAGACCAUAGCAUCCUACCUGAGUCACCUAGAGUUGGAUUACAUCAAAUUGUUAGAGGAAUAUGCCAAACUGUACAAUACGCGAGAGGCCAAUGAGAGGAUUUUACUGAAAACCAACACUGAAUUACAAAAGUGUAAUUUAGAUCUUAAGAAAUACCACAUCCAACUCAACGAAGUGUGGCAAACUCGCUGGAUUAAACGGGAGAAAAGCAUAGCCUCCCAAGUGAGAUAUCUGGAGGCGGACAAUAGAAUCCUGGUGAUGGAAAAAGCUGAGCUGGCUCACCGGAUGAAGGCCAACGAGAAAAUGUUCUUGAAAACAAAGGCCGAACUAUACAAAACCAGUUUGGACCUUGAGAAAUUGAAAGCUUCCAAAGACUCUUUGUCAUCUGAAAUCUCUGGAAAGGAAGUGAGGUGGAAACGAGAAAAAGAAAAACUGCUUCAAGAACGACAGGAUUUCCUAGACAAUGUCAAGCAGUUUGAGAACCUCAUUUUGCGUGUGGAGCUUGCUGUCAGAACAAUGGAGGAAUGGACACGGCUGAAACAGGCAGACAGCAGAGCCAACAAUAAAGUAAAAGAGUCUAACAAGCAGCAGGAGGAAACAAGGGAAGGAGGUAACCACAAGCUAGAUGAUAGAGAGAACAUCAAGGAUGAGGCCACUUCUGAAGAGGAGAUGCAAGAGGUCAAUGAGGAGGACGAAGAGAAAGACGAAGAAGGGAAUUGGGAGGUGGCCACCCAGGGAGUGAAAGAGAGUGGCGAAGAGGAAGAAGAAAGUGGGGAGGAUGAAGAGAGUGCUGCGGAGGAUGAAGAAAGUGACGAGGAGGGAGAGAGUUACGAGAAAGAAGAAAGCAAUGAGGAAGAUGAGGGCGAGUGGGAAGACUGUGAUGAUGCUGAGUGGGAAAACUGUGAUGAUGAAGAGGAAGAGUAUUACCAUGGGGAUGGGCAAGAAGAUGAGGGAGAGGAAGGGGAAGAUGUUGAUCAGGAGGACGGGGACGAGUUUAAUCAGGAGGAUGAGGAUGAGGGUGACCAGGGGGAAGGGGACAUGAGAGACCAGGAGGAUGGGGACGAGGGGGAACAGGAGGUAGGGGAUGAGGAGGAUGGGGAUGAGGGUGACCAGGAGGAAGGCGACGAGGGUAACCAGGAGGAAGGGGACGAGGGUAACCAGGAGGAAGGGGAUGAGGAAGACCAAGAAGAAGUUGGGGAAGAAGAGGAAGACAAGGAGAGCAAGGGAGAAGAAGGGAAAGAUGGUAACCAAGAGGAAAGGCAAGAAGAUGUUCAAAGCAAUAAUGACAAACCACCUGAAGAGAAUGUUGGAGAAGAGGGUCCCAAAGAGGAGGAUGUGAAAGAAAAUGACAGCCAGGGAAAGGAGGGUGAAGAGGGUGCCACGACGGAAGAGGUGAAAGAGGGUGAUCAAACGGAGGAAGAGAGUCCCAAGGCGGAUGGGAAAGAGAGUGACACAAAGGAGGAGGGGAGUGAAGGGAGUGCUAAGGUGGAAGAGGAGGAGAAAGCAGAAGAAAAUGUCAAUAACAGUGGACAAGAAAGUGUCACUAAGGAAGAGGGUAGUGAAGCGAGUGCAGGGGCAGAGGAGGGUAGUGUUGAGGAAAAAGAAAGUGAUGAAAAAGUGGAAGGAAAGGAAGAAGGAAAAGAGAGCGAGGCGAGUGAGAAAGAGAGUGCAAAGGAAGAGGGGGAGAGUGUGACUGAGGAGAUGAGAGAGGGAGAGAAAGAGAGCGUUGGGGCAGACGAGGGUAGUGUCACAGAAAUGACAGUGAGUGACGAAAAGACAAAAGAGGAGAGUGUCAGUAUAGAUGCCAAACAGAGUGAGGCAAGUGAGGAAGAGAGUGUCAAAGUAGAACAGGAGGGUGACACGGAAGGGAAAGAGACUGAUGGAAAGGAGGGCAAUGAAGAAGAAAGUGUUUCUAAAGAUGCUAAAGAGAGCGAGGAAGGUGAAAAAGACAGUGCCAAGGAAGCGGAGGGAGAAACUGUUGAAGAAGAGCGUGAAAAGGAGGCGACGGAGGACGGCCGUCCUGAGGAGGAACAGCCAAAAGAGAGUGCCAAAGAGAAGGAGGGUGAGAGUGUUGUUGAGGGGGAAGAGCGUGACAAAAAGGAGGGGACGGAGCAAGAGAGUGUCAAAGAGGAUGCUGAAACUCUUGCGAAAGGCAAAGAUGACAUAGGCACAGAGGGUGGUGAGAGGGACCUAAAGGAGGAGGUGAAGGGUGGGACUGCAGAACAAGAUAAAGGACAGAGUGUCGUUGAAGAGAGAAAGCGUGACAAGGCGGAGGAAGAGAGUGCAAAGAUGGAAGCAAGUGUUGAUACUGAGGGGAAAGAGAGUGAUAUAAAGGAGGAAGUGGAGAGAGAUAGUUCUAAAGGUGUGGAAAAGACUAUUACUGAGCACUUAACAAGUGAUUCAGGGGCAAACGAGUCUGUAGAGGAAGGGAGGAGUGACAGGACAGAAGAUGACAAAAAGGUGAAAGAGGGGUCCGUACAGCAGAAAAUGGAGAAGGAGGAGAGGCGGGAAACUUACUUUGAAAAAAUGAUUAGCCGCCUCUCUGAGAAAGACAAGCAGGAGAGGCGGGAGCGGGUGAGACAAGAGGUGCAGCGGAUUGAAGAGGAAAAGAGAGAACGGGUGAGGAGGGAAGAGGAGAGGAAAGAGGAGAAGAGGAGAAGAAGAGAAGGCAAGAAGGAACAGGAGGCCAUAGAGAAGGAGGAGAGAUCAGGGGAAAGCAAAUAG